AUGUAUAUACAAAUCUCUCUCUCUCUCUCUCUCUCUUUCUAUCUAUCUAUCUAUCUAUCUAUCUAUCUUAGUCUGAUUCUAUCUAUCUAUCUAUCUAUCUAUCUAUCUAUCUAUAGAUUAGUUUUUCACUUCUCUCUGUCUCUGUAUGUCUGUCUGUCUCUCUCUCUCUCUCUGUUUCAUUCUUUUCACAAUCUACCUACCUCUAUCUUUGCAAUCUUUCUUUCACUAAGAUCUAAACAUCUAAACUCCGCAACUCCUCAAACUUUAUCUCUGCCGAAGAUUUUCUCCCGUCUAUUUAUCCCUACACUCACUCUCUCAUCAUUCCAGCUCUAUAUCUUAUUAUAUCCAUCUCCUGAUCUCUAUCUUCUUCUCCAUUCUAUCUAUCUAUCUAUCUAUCUAUCUAUCUAUCUAUCUAUCUAUCUAUCUAUCUAUCUAUUUCCUCUUUUUUAUCUUCUCAGUAUAUCUCUAUUUUUUCAAUCACUCUCUCUUGAAAAUUACAUUCUCCCUCUCUAUUUCUCCAAUCACACUCCAUCUCACUACAUUUUCUAUCUAGUAAAUUUCUCUCUCUUUAUUACUACAAUCAUCUCCUCUAUAUUUCACAAUCUCUCUGUCUUCCCAAUUUCUCUACUUCCCCAAUCUAUCUAUCUUGCAAAACUCUCCUUAGCCCCUCUCUCAUUAUCACCACAAUCUCUCUCUCUAUUUCCUCAAUGA